AAGAAACUGUUACCCAUCUGUCAAUUACCAUGUCCAUCCAGACCGACCGUGAAAUUGAUGAAAUUGAAAAUAUAACAUUUUUUUCCAUAACAGAAACGAAUAUAGAAAAAAUUGUCUCACACGCUAGAGAAUUUCGUGAUUGUCGAUUGCACAAACUGCGAUUGUCGGAUUGAGGCUAGCACCUUAUCUGACGUUGAUAAAGGUGGCAGGACACGAGGAGACACGAGGGGAGAGUGUAUUUUAAAUUGUAUUCGAGAGGCGUGAACGAAGAGAGAGAAAGAGAGAGCGAAACGGAGUUUAUUUUAGCCGACAGAGCUUAAUUUUCAAAUUGCGAUCAUGUGCACGUUAGAGGUCACUGCGACCGGUAGAUAAAAACCCGUCAGUUAUACAAGUGAAUUAGAAUUGGGUUAAUGAUGAUAGGUCAGAAUGUGUCGGUGCUCCUUCGGACGAGAAAUCUCGUCGGCUUGUCUUUUUCAGUCAACAAGUUGCAUUCUUCUUACCGCCAAUGUUUACACUCUAACCCGCUACGAGUGCCAGUAAAACUUGCCUAUGCAUCGUACGAGUCGCUGAAGAAAAAUGAACAGAAUUUGCCGCCCAUUAUAAUAAUGCACGGCCUGUUUGGCUCGAAAAACAACUGGAAUUCGUUGUCGAAGACGAUUCACGAAAAAACCAAGCGUAAGGUCAUAGCGGUGGAUGCCAGGAAUCACGGUGAUUCUCCGCAUACGUCGGAUAUGUCUUACAAGGACAUGGCGGAGGACGUUAUCCAACUUAUGCAGGAUCUAGGCUUGGAUAAGGCUCUUCUGGUUGGCCACAGUAUGGGUGGCUCCGCCAUGAUGUACACCGCAUUGAAUUAUCCGCGUAACAUUGAGAAGCUGGUGGUCGUCGACAUGUCUCCCGUACGCACAAGCCCCAAUCUUGCGCAGAUGGCGACGAUCUUCGAAGCAAUGCGAUCCAUGAACGUGGACGGAAGUCCUAAUCUAUCCAAGGCACGCCAGGUGGCGAACAAGCAGUUCGCCAAAUACAUCAAAUCUCUUGCGUUGCGCCAGUUCUUAGCGGCGAACCUGGUGGAGGUGGACUCGGGUAAGUACAGGUGGCGGGUCAAUCUGCCGGUGCUGGAGCAAGCGUUCUCGACGCAGAUAGCCGUGUUCCCCAACGUCGGUAGGAAGGUCUACCUGAACCCCACGUUGUUCAUAGGCGGCGGCAACAGCGACUACAUCCGACUGAAGGAUCACGACGCGAUCAGAACGCUGUUCCAUCGGGCGGAGUUCCAUUACGUAAACGGGGCGAACCAUUGGGUUCACGCGGACAAUCCCGACGAGUUUGUCGACGUUCUGACAAAUUUUGUAAACCGUCCUCUGCCCUCGUGAUGCUCGUGUGAUAAUAUGCACUCGUGAGGAACACAAUCGUGAAGCGUUCUUUGUAAAUAUAUAUAUAUAUACAUGUAUUUCGGGUGAGAACUUCACAAUAAUUACAAGAACAAGGUGUGAAAAGUAUCGAAACAACCACGUCCUCGUAGUCGUGUAUCUCCGGUAGAAAGAAAUCGCGACUUGUCGCGGUGCGAAAAGCACCACUGCGAGUCUCGAAGAACACAGGUCUCAUCUGUCGCUCGUUCUCUCUCAGCAGUUUUCGUUCUCCGUGUAUCGCCGUGGAAACUCGGUGUAGGCUGUACUUUAAAGAUUAGAGAGAGAGAGAGAGAGAGAGAGAAAGAACAGAGUUUACAGAACCACCAAUGUAGUUCCACUUAAAGGCCAUGUGUCGGGUGCGCUGCGCGUACUCGAACGGCAAUGCUCGUCCGCGGAUGAACGUAUCACACAAGAGUGAACGCUAAUAAAGUGUCAUCUAAAGUUAA